CGCGGCCCGCGGACCGGGUGGGGCACGCUGACAGCGCCCCCAUGGCCGCCCAGCCCCCCAAGCCCGCCUCCUCGAGGCCACCCCCAGCCCCGGGCGCAAAGUCCGCGGCGCGGGCUAGCUUUCGCUUUCGACUCUCGCGGCCGCCCGAGGGAGGGGACGGGCAGCAGGCGGCCCGCCACCGCGGCGCUGGGUCCCCUGUCUACCUCUGCUCAGAGGACCUGGCGCGGAGGCCAGCGCCGGAGCGGCCCCGCUCCAACCCCGCGCCCCACCAUGGCAGCCCGCGCGGAGAAGCCCGAGCCGCACCCCAGGACCUCCAGCUGCCCACCCUUCGGCCGCUCGCAUCCCCGGGCCCGGCCCGGCUGCCCCGCUCCUUCCUUCCGUCCCCGCGUCCGUCCGAGCGGCGGCACCCGGCCGGCUCCCUUAAGCGGAGGCGCCUCCCGCCGCCUCCUCCCACUUGCCGGUCCCUCCCUCUCAGCUCGCUCCGGCGAAGUUUGCACGUCAAGCCCCCGGACUGGAGCCAGGGCGAAGUCGGAAAUGCAGCCACCUAUGGAGGAGCCGGCCGGCCGGCCCCAGGGCAGCGCGGGAGGGGCUGGUGCAGGGGGCACUUUGCCUUCGGCUUGCGGGCGGCCGCAGAGUUGUCAAAAGCAUGAAUGGGAAGCCGCCGCAGAGCGGACUCCGGGAAUGCAGGGAACCUUCGGCUAGCGGGAAGUGCCGCCCAGGUGUCUGCCCAGGUGUCAGGACGAAGUACCGUGUGCCCGCCACGCCGCCCACAUGUGUGCCCCGACCCGCAAUUGGAAGUCACAUUGUGCGCCCGGGGAACUUGAAUUCGUCCAGAGGAGAGAACAUGAGAUCAGUGUGCGAGGAAAUGGAGGAGAGUGAAACAAACCGAGAGGAGCUUUAACCCGUGUACAUAUUUUAGAGGCACCACCCCAAGUUUCUGGGUUUCCACUGCUCCUGGAAGUGAUUCAUUCACCCCAAAAAUAAAAAUCUGAUUCAUUUUUAA